AUGAGCGUUAACGAGCGCAUUUCAAUAAAUAUGAUGAACGUAGGGAAGUGCAAUAAAUGUAACAUCGUCAAUGACGAGGUGUUGUCAUAUAUACAAAAUAAAAUAUCGAUCGCAGACGAGGAAACUCUAGUGCGUAUUUGUAAGUCGGCAUUUACAAGUGAGGAUAUCAAGAACUCGAAGACACUUUUGUUUGAGUCUAUCCCAACGGACAAAAGAAAAAUAUUACGAAAGAAUAAAGGGAAAGAAGAGCGUGACGUAGCAGAUAUGAUAAACUUAUUUAAAACUACGGAGCCCGACCUUAUCCCAGUUUUUGUGGCAAGACAGUUAGAUAAACUACCACCAAUCUUAUGGGAUCAUUUAUACUGUUCUAAACUGUUGAAGGACAUGAUAACGAUGAAGACUGAAAUCGUAGGCAUAAAGUCGACUUAUGCUACGCUAGAGUGUGUAAAUGAACUAAGAACGGAAGUCUAUGAGCUAAAAACCGAUUCCCAACCGCCGGCGUCAGCUUUCAAAAUGAAUAUGAAACGAGGUGCGUGGCACCAGUGGACAGAGACAGUGGACCGAUGGAACUCUCACAUGAUUAUGAUAUGUUGCCCAAUGAGAUAA